AUGAACUUUAAAGACAGAUUGAUUGGCAGACCGUCGGUAGACGAGAGGAGCGCACGCGAGUCCUUGGAACUCCCAAGGUUCUCGUUCGAGGGUGACAAUCAUCCGCUCGUUAGCACCGAACGUCUGUUCCGACAGUGGCAGCAAGAAGAAAACUCGGGAUACGAAGCUGGCCACGAAAUCAUGGAAGAGGGUCUUCGGAAAGGCGACGAUAUCAUUGUAGCUACAAUACUCGUGUCGCUCUUUACAUUCAUCUCACCUUUCUCGUCGACUAUGGUAACACCUGCGUUGCCGGAUAUAGGAGAUGACUUUGAUAUACCGGAAGGAUUCAUGCGCCAGCUGGUCAUGACCAUCUUCCUCCUUGGCUACGCUCAAGGACCUUUCGUCUUGGCACCUUUAAGCGAGAUCUUCGGACGCGUUACCGUGUUGCAGUAUGCCAAUCUUGUGUAUCUGCUUUUCAACACAUGUUGUGGGUUUGCGCGGACCAAGGAGCAGAUGCUUGCUUUUCGGUUCUUGAGUGGUCUUGGCGGAGCGGCGCCGCAAGCUUUGUGCAACGGUGUUCUCGCUGAUACCUGGUCGAAAGAAGAACGCGGGAAAGGCCAAGCCAUCUAUGGUAUCCUGACAUGGCUGGCACCCUGCGUAGCUCCCAUAUGCGGUGCCUACAUAUCUGAGGGCGUAAGCUGGCGCUGGAUCUUCUGGGCCACCUCUAUCUUCACUGUCUUUGUUCAGGUCACCGCGUUCUUCUUCCUCUCCGAGACCUUCGCCCCGGCCAUCCUCGCUAAGAAAGCUAAAGCGGUUAGAAAGGCGAUGAAAGGCAUAAGGAACGAUGUAGUCGUGCGGACAGAGUUUGAGACAGGUGAUCGCAUGAGCAAGAUUUUGAGAAAGAGGCUCAUCCUGCCCUUCAUCAUGAUGUUCACACAUCCUGCCACCCAGGCACCCUCGAUCUAUCGCGCAUUCUUGUACGGCGUCAUGUACCUCAUGCUUUCAACCUUUCCGAUGGUCUUUGAGGACGUUUAUGAUAUGGACACUGGGCAUGCAUCGCUCAACUACCUGUCGCUUUGCUUGGGCUUCAUGAUUGGGUUGCAGAUUUCGCAUCCGCUCAUGGAUGGGCUGUACGCACGUAUGAAGACGUACUACAACCUUACCGAAGGCCUACCCGAGUUCCGCGUGCCGCCUAUGCUUAUAGCGGGCGUUGUUUGUCCUAUCGGUCUCUUUAUCUACGGCUGGAGUGCCCAGAACGAAGUUCACUUCAUCGUUCCCAACCUCGGCGCCGUCAUCCUCGCCAUCGGCCUGAUCAUCGGCUUCCAGUGUUCGCAAGCCUACACCACUGACGCAUACGAGGCACGUUAUGCAGCAUCGGCAGCAAGUGUUGGAGCCUUUAUGAGGACAAUGUGUGGCUUUAGCUUUCCGCUUUUUGCACCACAGAUGUAUGAGACAUUGGGUUUGGGAUGGGGAAACAGUCUAUUAGCAUUCUUGACAAUGACAUUGGGGAUAGUGAUGCCGAUAGGGCUUUGGUUCUAUGGGGCUACACUUAGGAAGAUGAGUUGGAGAGGUUUGCAGUAGACGUUGUCAAUAAUCAUGCAUUGUAAACAAACUAUGAGUACGCC